AUGCUACUCUUAGGAAAUAAAUCUCUACAGCACAUGGAGCUCUUGAACUGGAGAAAGGAGAACAUUCAUAGUGUGAGACAGCUGUUGCCAUCACCUCUCAGUAAGAAGCAGCUACUCGCAGAGUAUCCAGAUGUCUUUGAAGGUGUAGGUCGUCUCGCAGGGAAAUAUCACUUAGUUCUAGAUGAAAACAUACAGCCUGUAGUUCAUCCACCAAGAAAAGUGCCUAUCGCACUGAAGCCAUUAUUAAAAGCUGAACUUGACAGACUACAAGAAAUGAACAUUAUCACACCAGUUAGUGAACCAUCCCAAUGGGUCUCCAGCUGUUUGAUGGUCAUGAAACCGAACAAAGUCAGAAUCUGCAUAGAUCCAAAGGACUUGAACAAAGCACUUAAGAGGAGCCAUUAUCCAUUUCCUACGAUAGAGGAAAUACUUCCAAACCUUUCUCGUGCAAAAGUAUUCAGUGUUUUGGAUGCACGGAAUGGAUUUUGGCAUGUUGAACUAGAUAAAGAAAGCUCUAUGCUCACUACAUUCAACACCCCAUUUGGACGGUUCAGAUUGCUAAGAAUGCCUUUGGUAUUUCGACUGCACCGGAAGAGUAUCAACGUCAUCAAGAUCAGGCAGUAG